AUGAUUACUCCUAUCAGCUUGUACCCACCUCAGCCGAAUACCACACGUGCUGCAAGCACCUUCAUUUCUUACGAUUUCAACAAUGAUAGGAUUGCAUACGCGUCUGGAAGAUCCAUCAUCGUUCGCUCAUUAAGCGAAGAAAUUGCUCCUAUCCAAUUCACUAAGCAUACAUAUCCAACUACUGUGGCCACAUUUAGCCCUUCAGGCAACUAUAUUGCUUCUGGAGAUGAGUCAGGCAAUGUGAAAAUCUGGGAUUCCUCUGUCUUUGGCAAAGAAGGCGGUCUGUUUGAGCAGCCCGUAGUCAAGGCUGAGUAUCAGAUUCUCAGUGGCCCAAUUAAGUCCAUUGCGUGGGACGGAGACAAUCAAAGAGUUAUUGCUGUCGGACAAGGUAAAGAUCAGUUUGGGCAUUGCUUCACGUGGGACUCUGGUAACUCUGUAGGCGAGAUCCAAGGCCAUGCGGAAACCAUCAAUGCGGUCGACAUCAAAAAGCAAAGGCCCUACAGGGCUGCCACCGUAAGUGAUGAUAAAGCGUUGGUUUUCUUCAAUGGUCCUCCUUUUAAGUUUGAUAAGAGUUGUCGUUGUAAUCACAGCAACACCAUCAGAGAUGUCAAGUUCAGCCCCGAUGGUCAAUGGCUAGUAAGUGUGGGCUCAGACAGAACAAUUGUGCUCUACGAUGGAAAGACUGGAGAAGUCAAAAAGACCUUGCCACAGGCUCAUGAAGGUGGAAUUUUUGGGAUCUCUUGGUUUGCAAAUUCAUCUGGUUUUGUUACUGCUUCCGCUGAUAACACUCUCAAGUGUUGGAGUCCCGAGCUCGAGCAUAAGAACACUUACACAAUUGAGUCUCCCUCAACUGUUUCCAACCAGCAAGUUGGUGUUGUAGUGACGAAGGAUUAUGUUGUUUCCCUCUCUUUGAACGGAAACUUGAACUUCUUUGCUCACACUGGAGGGUCUCCUCAGAAAGUUUGGUACGGUCACCAAAAGCUGUUGUCAGCCGUUUCCGCUGAUGGCAAAUUUGUGUACACAGGCGACGCUGAUGGUUUGCUAGUCAAAUGGAAGAUUGAUGGUGCCAAAUUGGAAAUCGUUCCCGAAUUACUUGGAUCUAGAGCGGACCAGCAUACAAACUUCAUCGCAACUAUCACGAAAAGCAACAGCGACAUUGUUUCCGCAGGGUGGGACGAUAAACUCAAACUUUGGAAAAGUGACGGGACGGUCAUUCAAGCUGCCCAGAUAGAUUCGCAGCCUAAGCAAGUUGCUUCGUACGGCGAUAGGUUGUUCGUGAUCCAGGAGGGACAAUUACUGGUUUAUGAUGCUAGCAGUCUCGAAGUUCUUGCGAAAACAUCCCUCAAUUUCAAGGCCACCUACGUGGAUGCAAUCUCCGAAAGUUCUGUGCUUAUCGCAAAUCAGACUGCCAACAGGGUGGAGGAGUUCAGUGUGGGAACGUCUUGCAAACUUGAACGUUCAUACCAGGCGUUGAGAUCACCACCUUCGUUGAUCAAGGUCUCUCCUGAUGGGAAGUACGCCGCAGUUGCUGACAGCAUGGGCAAGUACACAUUGUACAACACUAGCGACAGUUCUGUGGUAACUACGAGGUGGGCAUUCCACAACAGCCGUGUUGAGGAUGCGGAAUGGUCCGAGGACUCUCACUUUUUGCUUAGCGGCGGCCUAGAUAGCAGUAUCUUUGUCUACUCGGUGGCCCGUCCCAUGAAAGUGUUGAAGUAUCAAUUGGCGCACCAAAACGGUGUUUCAGGUGUCAAGUGGUUAAAAUACGACAAAAACAUUGGUAGCUUUGUAUCUACUGGAAAUGACGGUGUGGUGAAGGCGUGGUCGGUCGACUUUGCCGCAUACAAGUAA